GGCGUGGUUAAGUCUGCUGGGUUUGAACAGUUUCCAGGAGUUCCCAAACUUUAGUCUUCGGAUCAUCUGCUCAAAGAACAGUCACAGCUAUCAUGGGGGUUACCAACAUCACCAAUCUGGAGCAGUUCAAUAAGGCUCUGAAGGAAGCUGGAGACAAGCUGGUGGUGGUGGACUUCACAGCCAGUUGGUGUGGACCCUGCAAAAAGAUUGGCCCAGUAUUUAAGGCACAGGCGGAUCUUCCUGAAAACUCCAAUGUGGUUUUCUUGGUGGUAGACGUGGAUGUUGCUGCAGAUGUUUCUGAAAGUUGCGGCAUCAAAGCCAUGCCCACAUUCUUUUAUUACAAGAAUGAAGAAAAGGUGGAUGAGCUCACUGGUGCCAACGAUGCAAAACUGAUAAGCAAACUGGCCUCUUUGAGGACAUAGACCUCCAGGGAGCAGUCCACACACACACACCCUCAUUGUGUAAAAAACACGGUAGCCAAUGUUGCCAUGUAAUGUAAAAUAACCAUUAGGUCUUCUAUGCCACACAAGAAACAAUAAUUGAUUCCCCUCAUGGUGUAUUAGUGACCUCCUGUUAGUUCAGUGUGUGCUGACAAAUGGUCACUUUGAACUUGUUUGAUAUGAGAUUGGCUUUGUAAAUUGUGUUUAAUGUGGAUUUAAUAAAUAAAUGAGUUACAGGAA